AUGCCAGGUUCACCCGUGCAGAAUCCACCACCUGCUACCAGCGACCUGCGCUCACCAGCGAGAGAUCCUAGGAUCAGAAACAAAACGAGCUCUGCCCAUAUCGUGGACCAGAAUGCAGAUGCUGGUAGAGGACCUCUCUCCGACUUCCGAGAGUCUUUGCGGAAGCGAGACGACACACCCUCCACGAGCACUCCGCAAAGCCCUUCCGUGAGGCUCGACAACCCUGCCUCAGGAGCAAAUGACCAGCCCGAACUCCAGAACUCAUUCUCACGUUACAUCCAUGAUUCUCACUCCGUCGACUUUUUCUGUCGGAAGCUGGCGUUUUUGAGGAGUGAACGCAGUGUGGCCCAGAAAGACUACGAAAAAAUCAAGAAGGAGAGAGAUAGAUUUCCGGUUGUGGUUGACCAGGCUCGCGAGAGAGUGUCCAAGAUUGAAGGUGUUUACAAAGUGGUCAAGCAAGAUGAGGCCAAUGCAAGAGCGGCAGAAGAAGCCUCUGGAGGGAAAUUGAUACAUGUGCUACUCGAAAGGGUAAAGGACAUGGUGGAAGAGAGGAAUGUUAUGGUCAAAGAGAAAGAUGACCAAUACAAGCUUCUCACUGAGCAAAUGGACAAAAUGCAACAACAGUUGCAGAACGUCCUCUCGCAGCAAGCCACGGCGGCCGCGCAGCCUCCACCUGUUUCCACCGAAGUCAAAAUUCGGCUCCACAAACUUGAAGAAUUUCGAGCGCAACAGGAAUCCGAAAACAAGCAGGUCAACUCUAUUCACGACAAAUUCCGUGAGUUGGAAGAAAUGUGCUCUGAACAACGUGCCAUCAGCAAGGCUACGAGUAAUGAUGCAAUGCAAGCAAUCGAGGCACUGAAAUCAGAGGUCAAAACUUUGGAGCGGCGCGUGGAGACCUUGGAGCAGAAGCUUCCGCCUAGCGAAUCCCAGCUUGUUGACACAACAACUCUACAUGCAAUGGAGAGACAGUUUGAGGAGCAACUCCAGCAGAUAACAGACACAUCCAGAUCCCACCAACAAGUGGCCGAUAAUGUGGAGCGCCUUCGCAAGACCAUGCAUUUGAAGGUCGAGAAUAUGCAUGGCGAGGUGAGGGAUGAUCUUUCAAGCAUUAAGACAGAUCUAGGCACCCUCAGCUCCCAAGUCUCGGGCCAAAUUGAAGAGCAUUUCAAACUCACCACACGUGUCAAAGCGCUUGAGGAUUCCACGAGACCUGGAUACCAGGGGAUCGAUGGCCUGCAAGUCGAGAUCGAUGCUCUCAAACGGGUGGAUCAAGAUCAGUCAGAGAAAGUGGCCGCGCUGGACACGUCUCUGGAAGAAUUUGCCGAGAAGUUUGCCUCUCUCGAGACCCGACUUGCACACUCCAACGCAACCUCAUACUCGACCAGCGCCAUUGAAGAGCUGACCUCCGUUCGCUCUCAACUCGCCGGACAUAUCAUGGAAUGGAAGAGUUCUGAAGAGAGGCUGAGUAAAGAGCUGAGCGGCCUACGGCAGCAAGUCAAAGAGGCCACAACACGCGCAACUGCGGACAAGGCAGAAGUGCAGAGAGACCUACAGAUUCUCAGAACCCUAAUCGCUGAUCAUGCCAGCAAGCGCACGAAAUGGCAAGAGACCCUCGAAGAGGAGGUCAAGGCAUUAACAGCCAACUUUGUGCAGCAGGCAUCAAUGCAAGCCCGUGAUGUUAAGAAGCUCGAGACGGAAUUUACUGCUUACACAGAGACCUGGAAGCGAUCUGAAACCGAGCGAGAAAGGACUCUUGUUGAAGCGGUGGACAAACUGCGGGAUGAGCAGGCAGUCAUGAGAAGAGGCCUGGCUCAACGGUCGACGCAAGGGCUGUCACAGGACGAACGUCAGCAGGUUCAACACGCGGCGAGCCUGGCCUCGAACGUCCGAGAACUUGGUGUUCAGGUAACAAGCGUGCAGAAGGAUCUGGAGAAGCAAUGCCAUUUGACGGUCAGCCUUACACAACGGUUCAACAACCUGUCUACGGAUGAGCUUGCUCGUCGUAUGACGGGCGUUGUCAAUAAAGCUCUGCCAAAGUAUGAGAAGCAGGUUCAGAAGCUUGAUGACCAGGUUCAGAAGCUCGAAAGCGAGGUGCAAGGACUGUACCAGAAAGUGGACGCGCCGCACAAAGCGGAAGGCACCCCAAUCGAGGUAUCAAUGGAGCUUCAGGACCUUGGUGGAAGCAUCGAAGACCUUGCUGAAAAAUUCCAGUCAAGCCAUGACACCCUUGCCAAGAACUUUGUAGAAGCGCGCGACAAAAUCCAGAGUCAAAUCGAGGAGUUACAAGAAAACCAACGCGAGCUCGAGAUAUCGGUGGGCCAAAAUGAGGCCAGCAAGUCGACUUACCAGGAGUCUACGGCUGAAGCUCUAAAGGCCUUCGAAACCAGACUCGAGGGCCUCGAUAGUCGCACUGAGAAGCCCGCUGCACGCGAGCUCUUCCCAAACAGCGGCCACAAGACGGCUAUUAAUCCUCUACCACGGUCGACUAGCAGUAAUGUCAGGCUACCGAGAAAGGUGACAGUCGAUGACUCAGAGGAUGAAGAAGAAGAUGUGAAUUCGGUGGACAUUCUUGCGAGGUUCACGAAGCCGCCACCACAACAACCAAAGAUUUUUUUGCAGCGUCAGUCCUCACGGAGGUCAACUCAGUCCGGGGGAUCAUCGAAACGCAAGCGAUCAUUAAGCCGGGAGGAGACCACCGAAGCUGAAUAUUCCAUCAAAGGCAGAGCCUCGAAGCAUCAGCAUCGGUAG